AUGACAAUGAGCUCCAUGGCCGAAACUUUGGUCGCCCCCGAGCCCUCCAAGUCGGCCUUUUUGGAAUUCAGCGGCCACAGCUACCCCGGACACCAGCAGCCCUCCCCGGGAUUAGCGCAUAAUCAUUACCAAUUUCACGGUCUGCACGCAGCCACGCAGCACGACAGUCCGUUCCAAUCCUCGGCUCCCUCCUACGGCCGUCCACUCGGGUACCCGUCCUAUCACAGCCCGGUGAGCGCGCACCAACCCGGGUCAUUUUUGGCCUAUGGGGGCCACAGCAGACUGGAAGAGAAAGAACACGAGAAGCCCACCACCAUAUUAGAAAAUGGAGAGCUGCGUCUCAAUGGGAAUGGGAAGAAGAUCCGAAAACCUCGCACCAUUUACUCGAGUCUACAGCUGCAGGCCCUUAACCAGCGCUUCCAGCAAACCCAGUACUUGGCUCUGCCCGAGAGGGCGGAUCUGGCUUCUAAACUGGGCCUGACACAGACACAGGUUAAAAUAUGGUUCCAAAACAAACGCUCAAAGUACAAAAAGAUCAUGAAGACCGGGCCUUGUGGAUCAGAUGGAGAGCAGAGGUCUACCCCACUCCAGUCUUCCACCUCUCCCUGCUCAGUGUGGGACAUGAGCCUGCCACCUAAAGGGACACCAGUGCAUUCUGGUGGAUACAUGAACAAUUUUGGCCACUGGUACUCAGGACACCCGCAGGAAGCCAUGCCCAGGACUCAACUGAUGUGA